UUUCAGCUUAUGACUAAUCUCAUAAUGUUCCAUUACGAAGAAGUAUAGCAUUCAUUGUUCACUAUGUCAUCACAAGGUGGACAGCGGGCAUUUGCUUCGAAACGAAAUAAGAUGACUGCAGCUGAUGUACGUCGACAUAUUAUGAUGGGAAGUUUGUUACUGCAUCCGCAAAAUGCCAUGCAAAUGGAUGCAACGGACAGUAGUCCUCAAACUAUCAAUUUAAUUGAGAUAGCUGAAUCGCUGGAUGUGGAAGACAUCUUAUCGCAACGAAAAAGCAACUCUUCCGUGAAUGAACAUAUUGCCACUAACAGUAAUUUGAGAAGGAUGGCAGAGUUUCCGGCUGAUGAUAUCGAAGUACGUUUGGUAUACCGAGAUCAGCUUACGGUCGAAUCACCGAUUCCAUCAAAUCUUUCAGGUGUCGAUCCACUGGUAAAAGAUAUUAUACAAACAUACAAUGAUAGUUUUUCGCUAGUACAGCGAAAGUAUGUGCAAUAUUCAAGCGGUGAAGCAUAUAUUCGAUUACUAAUGGAACGGCCGAUUAUUGCUCAAACUACACCAAAACAAAUUUUUGAAGUUGAUUCGGACCGACCUAUCGGGCGAAGUGUUAGCACAGUAGGCGAGGAUCAGAUCGCAAAACGUGACUCAUUCGGUUCACACUAUUCGUCCGAUUCAAUGUGUACUGUUGGUUCGUCAUCCGGUGGAACGAAUCGUGAUGAUACCUUGCGUGCACCUCAUCAACUUCAUUCUUCUGCUAGUGAUCCCACAGUGCCAGGUGUGAUGCAGCGUAUUUCAAAUACACAACUUGAUCAAAUUAAUGAAGCCCGAAGACGAGCCCAUCGACAAAAUGCAUUGAUUAACUUACUUCCGCCUCAACCCGAAACUGAUGUAAUUGAACGUCGAAGCGCAGCGCCAUUCCCGGUUGAGCAUACGGGUCAGAAACUUUUCAUCAAAGUUUUGAAGUUACAGCUUGAACCUUCGUUCGAACCUGUUUUCGGUACCAUAGUGCUUUAUGAUUUGAAGGGAAAGCGAAAAAUAUCGGAAAAUUUCUAUUUUGAUGUAAAUGAUGAUUUGCUCCAAGCAAUGAUUUCGCAACACGCUGAUUGUGUGGAUGAGGCAAGCAAAUGUACACAAGCGGUUUUCAGUAUAAGUCAACCACUGAAUGAUAUAUUUAUUGUCAUCAAGCUGGAAAAAGUGUUACAACCAUGCGAAGUAGCAGAUGCAUGUGAGCCGUAUCUGAAAGAAGAUAAAAACAAGGAACGGUUGAUGCAAACGGCACAGCACUAUUGUGAACGACUUGGUGCUUUUCGAAUGCCACUUGGUUGGUUUGCCAUUGACCUGAAUCAAAUCCUUAAUGGAUCACACCGUCCGGAUAAAACGGAAGCAUUAACGGCAAUGAUUGCGAGCUCUGUUGCUGGACAGGAUGUAACACCAGCUUCACCAACUACAUUGUUCGAUGUAGAAAGUAUUAUCAGUAUGGAUCGAAUAUCGAAUUCAACAUCCGGAACAUUUCGUCGCGUGGGUAGCGGAACUUCAUCCGGUGCUGUUUUUGUGGGUGCACAGCAACCCCAAAAAAGUCGUACACCAUUGCAAAAACGUAAAAUUUUUGGAGGCCUUCAUUUGACUAUCUCGCAAAGUGAUACAACUGCAGUGGGAUCAGGUCUCGAAACUGACUCACUACUGAGAGAUGGCGGUUCCCCGUUGACUUCUUUAAAUGCUUUACAACCUUUGCUGCUCAGUUUAAAUUCGUUCUUUAGACAGGAAGCAGAACGUUUGACUGAUGAGGAUCUGUGCAAAAUGCUUGCGGAUUGUCGAAAAGGUGGUUCCAAGUUAGCUAGGCUGAAGACAUUUCCAAUCACAUUCAAAAUGGAAUUGUCAGGUGGAUGUGGCGAGUCUUUAAUGAGGAACUUGCUUUACGUUUAUCCUCGAUCAGUAAAUUUAUCCAGUCGCUCUGGCCCAUCACGUAACAUUGCCAUACAUGUGGAACUGAUGAAUGCCCAGGAAAAACCUGUUUAUGCUAUAUUUGGUAAAUCGAGUGGGCCAAACAUUACUUUUUCUGCUGAUACUGCAGUUUCCUAUCAUAACAAAACACCAAGUUUCUACGAUGAAAUAAAAGUCAAUUUGCCGGUUGAUUUAAAUGAUGGCCAUCACAUACUAUUCACUUUUUUCCACAUUACUUGUAAGCCAAAUAAAGUUGGCGAUGAAGUAAAAAUACCCAUAGGGUAUUCAUGGAUUCCACUGCUGAAAGAUGGACGAUUGCAAACUGGUGAAUUUACUUUGCCGAUUGCAUUAGAACAGUUACCGCAAAGUUACGGGUAUCUUUCACCGGAUGUUAAUUUACCGAAUGUUAGAUGGCUGGAAGGACACAAACCGCUUUUUGAUGUUAAACUUGAGGCUGUUACAACAGUUCAUACACAGGACUCUCAUUUGGACAGAUUUCUGGCUGCGUAUCAAUCGUUAAUUGUAAACGAUAAAAAGAAUCCACCGGUAUCGGAAGUCGAUUUAAAGGAUGCAAUAAGAAGUGUCAUAAAAGCUCGCCCGGAACCAAUGGUUGCUUUCCUUUAUGUUAUACUGGAUAAGUUGUUGGCUCUAAUUGCAAAUCCUCCAUAUACCGUAUCUGUGUCAGCUGUAUGCUUUGAAGUGCUUGGACAACUUGUCAAAAUAUGUACCGUUCUCUUGAAUAGCUUCCGCGAUGCCCAUGGUCGUAGUUCACUCCUCACCACAUAUAUACAUUACCACAAAAUUGCCCUUAGAGAAACUCCAAUCGUACAACUAAAGAGCAGUAAGACGGAGGCGAAAUCGGAAGGUACUCUACCUACUUCACCAGAAAGCAAGCAUUUGCUCGAUAUUAUUAAAGAAUUUGAACGAACAAAUUACAUGAAGGCAUCUGUUGAAGGUGACCGUGAACCGAAAGAAUCGAAAAAGGUGAUGCACGAAGAAUUAGCAUUGCAGUGGGUAAUCAGUGGUGGUGCAGCUCGAGAAAUGGCUUUUCUUAAUUCCUGGUUCUUCCUUGAACUUAUGAUUAAAUCAAUGGCAGAACAUUUAUCUCUUUCAAAUCGUUUGUAUUUGCCGCGCAAGCUUCGCUUUAGUGAAGCUUUUAUCCAAGAUUUGAAUGCCCUUUCUCAGGCUGUUGUCAGCGAGGUGGUCCAAAGAACUUCGAAAGAUCCAAGACAGUCGCAAUCAAUCAGUAUUUCUUGGGCAUAUUUCUUGCGUGAUUGUUUUUCAUUGAUGGAUCGAACUUUUGUGAUGACAUUGGUCAGAGAGUUUAACCGCGAAAUCGCUGCUAAAAUAGGAAACUCCGCCGAAUCAUGCAUGGUCCCGACCCUCAUGCUAAUUAAGUUGGACUUUUUGCGUAUUAUUGCUUCUCAUGAGCAUUUCGUUGUGUUGAACUUGCCAUUUGGUUCUGGUAACAUACAGGGUAUGUCAACAAGCCAUUCCGGUGGAUCAUUUCAUUCAGCAGCAUCGGCAUUUUCAUCUAGUUCGGAAGGUAGCGCCAAUUUAACUGCAUCGUUGCGUCAUUCUUCACAUAUCCAACUUCCUAGUCCAGGAAAUUCAAAUAUCACUGACAGUCAAGCAUAUGAAUCACAUGGUCCAGUUGGAUCAGCAGAGUUAACUGUUGAGUUUCGUUCGCGGCAUUUUCUAAUUGGGCUUGCCCUAGCUGACCUGGCUUCUGUUCUUGAGACUUCAAACACUCUGCUUCAAUCACGUGCUAUAAGCCUUAUUCGUAAUUUGCUGAGCACCCAUGAAUUGGAUGCUCGUCUUCUUGAUAACACGGUGAAAGCGCGAGUGGCAUCCUUAUAUUUACCAAUGAUCGGCAUUGUUCUGGAUGCAUCAGCUCAAUUGCAUGACCCUUACUCGAAAUCUUCUAGUGCUAACUAUGAGAUUUCCACAUCCGUUUCUAGUGGUUACGCAACAGAAAUAGACAACAGUCCAUUUAUCAACGAUAAAGUUAUGCUUGCAAUUGGUGGGGUGAAUUUUUCGCCACCUUGCUCACCACGGACCGAACGAAGACAUAUUGGUUUAAUGCGACCAUCACUUUCAUUGGAAAAUACACGUCAGCUGUUAGCAUGUUUUUGUUGGGCGCUGAAAAAUAUGGAGCGGUCAUAUUUGCGUCAAUGGAUUCGCGAUUUAUCAUCCAACCGAAUUUUACAGUUUCUCAAUGUUUUACAGCUUGCUGUUUCAUGCUUCGAAUUCAGAUCAUCUCUUUUCUGUUCUGAUCAAGGUACCACUGAGAUUACAGAAGAAGUAAAGGAUGAAGGUAGUAAUAUCGAAGGUUUGUCGGUCAAAGAGGUUAGCCGGAAAAAAUUACGCUGUGCAGCCGAUCCUGAAAGUGGUGUUCGAUGGCGUAAAGAAACCAAAGAUUCACAAGGGAAAGAUUCUUGGAAAAGUUGCACUGGUAGUAGUGGUGGACAGUCAACUGAUGAACCUAUCCCAAGUGAUGAAGAUCUUACGCUUGAAGCGACACUUUGCACCGAGAUACCAUUAAUAGUGCUGGAUACGUUAGAAUUAAUUAUACGUGUGGUUUCGGUUCUUGGUUCUGAUUAUCUCUUUUAUGUGUUACCUUCCGUAUUAAAAGUAUUGAUGCACAUUCUUGCAUGCAACCAGUCUGUGCAAACUUUGGAAAAUGUAUUUGCAAGUCAGCGUGCAAUAGUUACGAAGUAUCCAGAUUUAUUGUUUGAACAGGAGACUGAACAAUGCGGUGAAUUAUGCCUUCAUCUACUAAGACAUUGUGCAUCCCGGUUGCCAGCUGUUCGUUCGCAGGCUGCAGCAUCGUUAUACCUGUUGAUGAGGCAGAGUUUCGAAUCAGGAGCAAGUUUUUCAAAAGUUAAGAUGCAAAUUACGAUGUCAUUGAGUACUUUGGUUUCCACGGGCACCAAACAUGGUGACUGGAUAAAUGAAGAUUGUUUACGUCACAGUUUAAAAACUGUGCUAACAUAUUCAGAAACGGACGCUUCCGUUGAUUCGCAGCUGCGCAACACUACUUUUUCAGAGCAGGUAAAAGAUCUUGUUUUCAAUUUGCAUAUGAUAUUGUCGGACACAGUGAAAAUGAAGGAAUACACAAAUGAUUUUGAAAUGCUAAUCGAUCUCAUGUAUCGUGUCGCGAAAGGAUAUCAGAACAAUCCAGAUCUUAGGUUGACGUGGUUGAUAAAUAUGGCAAAUAAGCAUUCAGCCCGGGAUAAUGCAGCGGAAGCCGCACAAUGUAUGUUACAUGCAGCCGCUUUAGCUGCUGAAUAUAUUUCGAUGCGUGAGUAUGAUGUGUAUGUGCCUAAAGGUGCUGCUGCUUUCGAAGCCAUAAGUGAUAAUAUUCUCGAAGAAAGUGCUGUUUCAGAUGAUGUUAUUAGUCCUGAUGAAGAAGGUAUUUGUGAAAGUCGUCAUUUUACACAAAAUGGUUUAGUACAUUUGGUAGAGAAAACGGCGCAGUUUAUGGAGAAAGCUCAAAUGUAUGAAUCAAUGGUACAACUCUACAAGGUAAUAACACCAAUUUUGGAAGAAAAUCGUGAUUAUCGGCAUUUGGCACAAGUACAUAGUUGUCUGAGUCAAGCGCUUUCUCGUAUCGAACCAACUAUACCGCUGGUUGAAGACAUUGCUGAUGCGUGGUUUUCACCUUUACCAAGUGCCGACAAACGUUGUUUCGGUACCUAUUUUCGGGUAGGUUUUUAUGGCAGUCGUUUUGGUGAUUUGGACGGUGUCGAAUUCAUCUAUAAAGAGCCGGCAAUUACGAAAUUGUCCGAAAUUAGCCAUCGUUUGGAUGCAUUUUACACAGAUCGUUUUGGAAAAGGAGUUGUGGAAGUUAUUAAAGAUUCAAAUAUUGUUGAUCGAAAUCGUUUGGAUUCUACCAAAGCCUAUUUGCAAAUCACAUAUGUAGAACCGUAUUUGGAGAGUUGGGAACGGCGUCGUCGUCCCACUCAUUUCGAGAGAAAUCACAAGUUAUAUCGAUUUGUCUAUGCGACACCGUUUACGAAAGAUGGUCGGGCCCAUGGUGAUUUGAAGGAUCAGUACAAAAGACGAACUGUGCUAGCCACGCAAUAUUGUUUUCCAUACGUAAAAACACGCCUUCAAGUGGUGAGUCGCGAACAAAUAAUUUUGACGCCAAUUGAAGUUGCAAUUGAAGAUGUCCAAAAACGAACUCGUGAAUUAGCUGCUGCUACUGCGCAAGAUCCACCAGAUGCUAAAAUGCUUCAAAUGGUACUGCAAGGUUGCAUUGGUACCACUGUCAACCAAGGUCCUAUAGAAGUUGCCAACGUAUUCCUUACAAAUAUGGUUUUGGAUGAACGUGGCAAACCGAUGGAUAAAUUCCAGAAUAAGCUUCGCUUAUGUUUCAAAGAUUUCUCGAAGAAAUGUGCUGAUGCUCUUCAGAAGAACAGAAAACUUAUUCAGGCUGAUCAGCAGGCUUAUCAGAAUGAACUGCAGAAAAAUUAUAUCGAAUUUACAAAACGAAUGGCACCGAUUGUUGGCAUCCGUAAAAGUAAGUGUUCUGAAGCACAUACUCUAAAAGCUGUACAUGCAGCUGCUGUUGCUGCUGAAAUUGGGCCGGUUACUGCAGUGUGAUAAAAAUGAAGCAACUUUAGUUAUUUUGCUUCCUUUCGUUGUUUUUUUUUCUUUGUUAAUUUGAAGAAGUAAAUUACAUAGGAAACGAUAAAUUACAUUACAUUUCUUCCAGUUUUUUGUACGUCAUUUAUGAGUCAUUUCUUCUUUGUCGUCCAUCUCUUUCGAUUCUCUUUACUGAUCCUAGUAGUGUCACAGUGCUCACUUUAUUCAACUAUUAUCAUUUACUACUUUAUCAC